AUGCCAACCGUUCUCAUUACUGGCCUCAAUGGCUUCGUAGCUGUCCACACGGCUGUGAUAUUCCUCUCCAACGGCUGGAGUGUUCGAGGAACCGUCAGGUCGAAAGAAAAGGCGGAGAAAGUCAAGUCACUGCCUGUGCUCAAGGAAUAUGUCGAUCAAGGCAAAGUCGAGCUUGUCAUUCUGGAGGAUUUGAUCGAAGGAGACUUUUCUGAAGCCCUCAAGGGUGUCGACGGCGUCGCUCACUGUGCCUCGCCUUGGCAUUUCAACGGAAAAAAAUGGGAAGACUAUCGAGAACCCGCCGUGAAGGGAACCACAAGGAUCAUUGAACAAGCUGCCGAUGUGCCUUCUGUCAAGUCUAUCGCCGUGGUAUCUUCAUUCGCUUCCAUCGGCGAUUUCUCCAAACCCGCAACGGAGCAAGCCGGCAGGGUCUAUACAGAGGAGGACUGGUGUCCUAACACUGAUGAGUUUGCCGCAAACUUUAAAGGCGAUGCUGCCCCUCAAAUCUGGUAUGUUACUUCCAAGAAGCUCGCCGAGGAGGCAGCCUUUGCAACGGAAAAGAAGAUUGGAAACAAGCACUCUCUUGGAACUGUCUGUCCCCCUUGUGACUUGACUCUCGCUCAACACCCCAUGGUCAUCCUUGGCCCCGCCAUUCACUGCGCCGAAGGGGACGAUCUGUCCAAAGCCGACGUCUCGACGUCGAUGCUGUACUCAUUCUUUGCAGCUGGUAAAGACGCCAAGCUCGAACCGACAGAUUUCCCCUUGUGGGGAGAUGUGCGCAAUGUCGCCCAGGCCUUGUUUGAAAUCGUGACAAAGCAUGCCAACGGUCGUUUUGCCAUUUGCAACGGUGCCUUUGCUCCCCAAGCCCUGGCCAACAGAGCCCGGGAGUUAUACCCAGAUCUCGCUAAAGCCGGUAUCAUCCCUGUCGGAGAACCGGACAACACUCCCUCGAAGGAUGGUGCAUUUAAGCUGGAUGGAAGCAAGGCCGAGCGCGAGUUGGGCAUCAAAUAUACGACCGUCGAUGAGAUGAUCAAGGACACCAUUGAACAGAUGAAGAAGAUCGGCGCAAUCAAGGCGUAG